GAAAUUAAAAGAAAAUAUCUAUUCAUCUUGCCCUCCAUCUUUCUCUCUAUUUCAAGUCUUUGCCUCUUAUCUCUCUCUUGGGUUACCCCCAUCAGCUUCUCUAAUUGUGAAAAGAGAGGGCCAAAAAGUGAAGGGAGUGAGAGGGUUGGGACGGUGGCACACGGUAGCACCGGGCCCUCUUAUUCUACGUUCUGGUUGUUUUUUCAGCGAUUCUUUUCUAUAGUAUAUAUCUUUCCCAACAAAGGUCGCUUCGUUCCUACGGCAAUUUCCAAUUUGACACAGAACCCAAAGAAAAAAAAAGGCGAUUCUGAGCUUUGCUUCUUUCUUCAUAUUUAUUCACUCUACCCUUUUGAACUCUGGCGGACCGAAAAGGAACCUUAUCGUUCUUUCGAUCAUCCCUCUCUAUAAUCUUACCAUAUUGGUUUGAUUUCAAAUCUAAAAAAAUAACUGGAGAGGGAUUUAUAGAGUUAAGAUGCUUUGGAUAAUGCAAUUCUCUGGCUUCUUUUCAGCUGCAAUGAUGAUGAUUGUUCUCUCUCCUUCACUCCAGUCGUUUCCCCCAGCUGAAGCCAUUAGAUCCUCUCACCUCGACAGUUACAUCCGGUUACCGUCGUUUCAGGUGUCCAUAUCACCAGACUCACAGGACGAUCGAUUCUCUUUUCGAAAGGCCUUCGAAUUUCGCAAUGCCGAUGAAUGUGGCUUCGCCGACCACAAAACCACUGGCGUUUGUGAUCCUACUUUGGUGCACGUGGCUAUAACACUAGAUGUUCAGUACCUCCGUGGGUCAAUCGCUGCCGUUCACUCCAUUCUCCAGCAUUCAUUGUGUCCAGAGAACGUUUUCUUCCAUUUCCUUGUCUCAGAGACCGAUAUGGAAACCCUGGUUCGAUCAACCUUCCCCCAAUUGAAAUUCAAGGUUUAUUAUUUCGAUCCUGAGAUUGUACGAAACUUGAUAUCGUCUUCAGUUAGGCAAGCGCUUGAACAGCCGUUAAAUUAUGCUAGAAAUUACCUAGCGGAUCUGCUAGAGCCAUGCGUACGAAGAGUGAUUUAUUUGGAUUCUGAUCUGGUCUUUGUUGACAAUAUCUCUAAGCUAUGGAGUACUAACUUGCGCUCACGAACAAUUGGAGCACCGGAGUAUUGUCAUGCCAACUUCACAAAAUAUUUUACUAACAGUUUCUGGUCGGACGAUCGAUUUUCAGGAACUUUCAGAGGAAGGAAACCAUGUUAUUUUAACACGGGGGUGAUGGUGAUAGAUCUGGUGAGAUGGAGACGGGCCGGGUUCACUAGACGGAUCGAAAGGUGGAUGGAGAUCCAGAAAAGCAACCGAAUCUACGAGCUUGGUUCCUUGCCGCCGUUCUUGCUAGUUUUUGCGGGCCGCGUGGCGCCCAUUGAGCAUAGAUGGAACCAACACGGGCUGGGUGGGGACAAUGUGCGGGGAAGUUGCCGAGACUUGCAUCCGGGUCCGAUUAGCCUCUUGCAUUGGUCCGGCAGCGGCAAGCCAUGGCUUAGGCUGGAUUCAAAAAGGCCGUGUCCGCUUGAUGCCCUAUGGGCGCCCUAUGACUUGUACAGACACCCACAUUGAAGUCCCAGUUGGCAUAGUCCUCGCUUUUUAUUUUCGUCUUUUUUAUUUAAAAGGAAAAGAAAAGGAGGAUAGAUAUUGAAUGGGAUCAGAGAAGUAAGGCAUUUUGGCAAAAUAUGGUUAGUGUUUUAAGGUUUAGCUAGCGGCAUUGCUCUAUGUGUAUCAGUAUAAGCACACCACCUCACCUCACCUCACCUCGGUGGACAAGGGAAUGUGAUUUCUUUCUUCUUGUAUCCAGUUGGUUGGUUCAUUUUCAGUGGUGGCCGAAAAGGACCUAAUUGAAAUGGGAGUGGAGAACUAAUUAUAGGCAUUGGAAGGAUGUUUUGGUCAAGCCUCUUGCUUAGUUGAUGGAGUUUUGUAAAAUUUUUAUUCGGGUUGCUUUGUGCUUUUAUGUGGUGGCGGCGGAAGGCUUGUGAGCUACCAACCUGCUCACACUGUUCCUUUGCGCACCCACAAAUUCGCCCUUUAGAGUCUGAUUCUUGUGUUUAUUUCUUGGUAAAUUUUGUUGUUUUUAUUAUUUCAUUAUCCAAAAAAUAAAUUAUUUUAUUAUAAUGAUUAAUAAUGAGCGGUUGUUUAAAAGAA